GACUUGGUCAUAGAUGAUUCAUAGUUGCACCAUUAUCCCAAGUGACAUUUCAUCUAUAGCCUUUUAAGAUGUGAAGUUUGUAGUGGAAAAAUCUGAAGCAAGAAGGAUGAUCACAAUUCAAAACCUCUUCACUUUUUCACCUCUCUUGAUUGUUUUCUUUCAAACUUGUAAUGCAACAGAUUGUAGCCCUUCUGCAUGUGGCCUUAUUCCCAAUAUUAGCUCCCCUUUCCGCCUCAAGGGUGAUUCCAAGCACUGUGGUGAUCACAGAUACGAGUUAGUCUGCGAAAACAACGUUGCCUCAAUUCAGCUAAACUCCCAGAAAUACGUGGUGAAAGCGAUCAAUUACAGUGACUUCACCAUAAGGCUUGCUCAUGCUACCAUAAACAACAACAUCUGCACUUUUCCUAUGUCUUCUGCAUAUGAUGAUCACCUUCCUGACACCUUUUUCUUGGACAGUGGAAGCAAUUCAGCCUAUUAAUUUCAUAAGCUGCGCUGAGCCGUUGCAUAAUUCUUCUCUCUUAGCCCAAGUCACUGAUUGUGAGAAAUCUAGCAGACAUACUUACAUAAAGGUCGGCCACAUGCGCGCCAGAGAUGUGGAGUAUAUGUGCACACUAGAUUCCGUAGUUGCAACAUCUUGGAAUUUUACAGAUCUCAAUAAUGUAUCUCUCAUAGAAAUCCAUCAAUCUUUGCUAUACGGAUUUAAUCUAUCUUGGAUGAGAUUUAUGUGUCGCGGCUGCAAAGGAGGAGCUCUUUGUUCUAUCGAGCCUGAUGGCCUAAUUAUUUGCCCUGGCUACCAUUCUGGUCUCUAUUACAACUGGGCCAACUUCAAGAAUUCCUUCUGACAACCUCAAGAUGGUCCAUCUGCAGGCUGUCUACUCAUUUUUCUGCUCAUAGUCGCUGUUGUAUUUGCAGGGGUUAGCAUUCCAGCAAAGAUCAUCAUUGGAUUUGGCGCCUCCUAUUGGAUUCUUUUCAAGGAUACCAUAGUCCCGAUCAGUUUCUCAUGGAGGCGCCUCGAUAGUCAACGUUUCAUCGUUGUUAGCUUUGGAGUAAGAUUCAUCGUUGGGAUUCUUGGCGCGAUGGUGUUCCUGCUCUACAAAUUCCUAAGAAGGCGCUUUUCGGUGUACGAUCAAAUUGAAGGCUUCCUACAGAGUGACAACCAACUCUCACCAAUCAGAUACUCCUAUUCAGAUAUAAAGAAGAUGACGAGAGGUUUUCGAGAAAAACUAGGCCAAGGAGGGUUCGGUUCAGUUUACAAAGGAAAGCUCCAAAGUGGGCAUCAUGUUGCAGUCAAACUGCUUGGAAAAUCUGGGGCAAACGGGCAAGACUUCAUCAAUGAAAUUGGAACCAUUGGGAGGAUCCAUCAUGUGAAUGUUGUCAAGCUUAUUGGAUAUUGUGCUGAAAGAUCCAAACGCGCCCUCAUAUUCGAUUUCAUGCCCAAUGGUUCCCUUGAAAAGUAUGUUCUCAAUAGAGAAAAAGCAUCUUCAUUGGAUUGGGAUAUGAAAUUUAAGAUUGCAGUUGGAGUGGCUCGAGGAGUUGAGUAUUUGCACCGUGGUUGUGAUAUUCAGAUCUUGCAUUUUGAUAUUAAACCUCACAAUAUACUUCUCGAUGAUAAGUUUGUCCCAAAAAUAUCAGAUUUUGGGUUGGCAAAAUUAUGCUCCACUGAGAAGGACACAGUGACCAUGACUGCUGUUAGAGGAACCAUAGGGUAUGUUGCUCCUGAACUCAUCAAUAGAAGUAUUGGCGAAGUGUCUUACAAGGUUGAUGUAUAUAGUUUCGGGAUGCUGUUAGUGGAUAUGGUGGGCUUAAAGAGAGACUUCAUAGGAAAUAAUGAUGUUUCUAGCAAGUAUUUCCCAUAUUGGAUAUAUGACUGUAUUAACCAAGGCAUGGACCUUGAAAUUGGAAAUGCUGCUGAUGAUGAUAGUACGAGGAAAGUUGGUCGGAAGAUGACAAUAGUUGCGUUGUGGUGCAUACAAAUGAAUCCAGAUGAUCGUCCAUCAAUGAAUAAAGUGUUGGAAAUGUUGGAAGCUGAUGUCGAGCGUCUACAGAUUCCAGAGUAUCCGUCUCAACCAUCGCACAUUGUAGUAGAUGUUGAUGAAACUAGGACUACAUGUUCUACUAAUUCUUCAUCGAUCGUUGUCAGAGCGGUUUAAUUAUCUGAACAUUGGCCUUAGUGUUGAAGAUUUGUCAUGCUAGCUAUUAUUUUAUAUGCAGAUUUAGGAUUCUAGU